CCCUACGCGAUAUCAUUUGCUCGAACUGCUCCUUCGCUCUCCCUGUGCUGCCUCUUCGCAAUAAGAAUGGAGCAGGCCGGGCACCACGGGCACUGAUUCAGUUCGAUUCUUUUGAAACAAUUUCGACAGUCGGUGCCACCGACAUGCUCCUACAAAACAAGCAGUAUAGCGCUACUACUGCUGUUGCCGGCAGAGUGUGGGCAAGAGAAACCAACCCGGCUUCAAGGGUGCGCCACCGCAGUGCACGAGGCCCAAGCACCCGCACCGGCCUCGCGAACCGCGCGCGCUCAGCGGCGAUUCCGAAGCCUCGCACCGAAAAAAUCUGCGGUCGCGGCGGGCGACAUUGGCUUUCUACCCCUUCAAAAUUAUCGCCGGAGCCCGGGGCCCUCCUGAAAGAAUCGAACGCCAUGUUCAGGAGGAAGAAGGAGGCCAGCGAAGCCCAGAAGGCCAAGGACGCGCGUGAAAAGAAGAAGCUGGCGCUGUUCCUCACUCCAAAUCCUCCGACCCCGCCCCUCAAGAAGCGAACAGGGAGGCAACCUCUGAAACAAGGCAAUGCGGUUCUACCUCGUGGAAUUGAGGACGACUUCGCCAAAGAUUCAGAGUCUUCGUCUGAAAGCUCCUCUGCCAGCAGCGAUACCAGCACAAGUGGUUCCAGUUCUGACAAAAGCGAAGAAGCUCCAGCCCCGUCGCAAUCCCCGGACUCCAGCCCCGAAGCCCGCGCACAGGCACAUCCGCCGCUCAAGUCCAGCCUCAAGACCCUCGAAAGUCCGGAGGUUUUGUACGUACUCUCGAAUCCAGGCCAGCAGGAGUCAGCUUCAAACAAGAUAGUGAAGAAAUCAAAUCUAAAACAAAGCAAAAAGAGAAAAACAAAGCGGCCGCCAUGCCAGGUCCACGGCGUUCAGCGACGGUCCUCGCGUCACCGAAAGCACAACGAAAAAGCCGAUAAGUCGGCCUCUGACAGUGACGAAGAGUGCAAUUUGGCCACGCCUUUCAUCUGGACCAUGGGAAUGCUACAGAAGCUGAUGCAUUACUGCGCGGCGGAGCCUCGCUGAUACGUCGGGGACUGGCUGUUCCUGCCGUGCUAAUUGGAUAAAUAAACGGUGCAGGCAGUAUCCGUGCAUAGUUUUGAAUUUUACAGCAUAC